GGCAUUGUCCUUGUAACUUCUGACCGCCUGACAACUUACGUGUAGAAUAUUAUAUUCUAUUCGCGAUAACUAUUAAGGAAAUAUGGAUGUAGAAACGUUGAUAGAAAACGUCAAACUGCAUCCAUUUCUUUUCGAUGUGAAUCAUCCCGAAUACAAAAAUAAGCGAAAGAAAAAUGAAGUGUGGGAUGCGAUCGCAGUAGUAUUAUCCAGUAAUUCAAAUGGUGUUGAGUUGAAGUCCAAAUGGAAAAAUUUGCGAGACAACUAUGCUAAAUAUCUGAGAUGGCAAAAGAAACCUCGUGGUCAAACAGCCAAUCUUCUCAACAGGUACAAAGCAUGGCCGUGGGCCUCUCAUAUGGAAUUUUUGAAGCCCUACAUUUCAGCCUCUAGAACAGAAUCUGAUUCCCAAGAUAUACAAACAAAUGAUGAAGAAAACAUGCCUGAACGAAUCGGCACCGCUGUUGAUGAUGAUGAACCAGAACAGAAACCAGCAAUCUCUAGAUUUUUUCAAUUGAAUCCACAUGAGGCAACUUCGGCAAAAUCCACAGAUGAAUUUUCCGAGAAUAAUCAAAAGAGAAAACCGCCUCCUCUUAACGAUGAACCCGCCUCUCUGGGGAAGAGAGUUAGAAUAGAAAAUCUGACUACAGAAUUCGAUGACGUUGACUUCAUCUUUUUGGGUUACGCAAAAGUGAUUAAGAAAUUUUCGGCAAGACGAAGAGCCUGGACCAAAUAUAAAAUCGCUCAAAUUAUAUUGGAGGCGGAACUCGAGCAAGGACAAGAAGAUUAUUCUCAUCAAAGGGGAGCAUCUGGUGCAGCAUCACCAUCGGCUGAAUCGUCUACUAACCUUUUUGAAAAUGAUAGCGAACCCUCUUCUUCUGCGCCUCUGGAUAUUAAGCCUGGAGAAGAUAUUGUCAGCAUCUAUGAUCAAUUCAAAUGAUUAUUAUUUUUUUAAGGUUCUUUCAGAAAAUCUAGUUAAAAUUUAAUUCAGUCCAAGAAUAUGAACAGAAAGUGCGAAAGUACGAUGUUAUUUUUUCAAUCAAGACAAAGCUUGAUAUCAUGCGAAUAGAGAAUCUGGAAUUGAAUUGAUUCUAGGUAAUGGCUCUACAUAUGAUAUCAUGAGAAAUAGAUAUUUUAUAAUUGUACAGCAUUUAUAUUUAUUAAAUAAUUUAUUUAUGU